UCAAAACAAGAUCAGAAAUGCACCAUUGCCUGGGCAGUGUGUGCCUUGCUGAACUCCGGAGGAGGUGUUGUAAAAGCAGAGAUUGAAAAUGAAAACUACAACUUGGAGAGAGACAAGAUUGGACUAGAUAUGGAAGAGACUUUUUGGAGAGACAUGGACUUCACAGAGUCAGGAGAUGUAGAAUUCAAGCGCUAUUCAACUGAAACAUUUUUGACUCGUGUCAAAGAGAUACUACCCCAGCAUAUUGCUGGACUUGCAAACACAAGCAGUGGGCAUUUAUGGAUCGGUGUGGAUGAUGACAGCAGAGUGCAGGGAUUCAACAGUGAUGCUGAGGACCUUGAAAUACUAAGUCUCCUAAUCAAUUCCAUUCAAAGCAAAUUAACCCUCUUCCAUUUUCGUGGGAGUGGAAACACACACAACGUAAGGUAUGACCACAAAAUUUUCGAAGUAUCCCGCGUGGUGGGAGAUCACUGUGGCUACGUCCGUGCUGUGAAGAUCCAGCCAUUUACUUGCGUUCCAUUUUCCAAAGACCUGGACUCAUGGCUAGUUGAAGGCAGCACCCUCAGGAGACUGAGACAGCUUUCUGAGGGAGUUCUGAUAUUUUCCAGAAGCUGGGCUCUUGAGGUCACCUUGCCAGAAAACCAAGACAUAAUUUGUGAUGUUCUCCUAGUAGCCAAGGACAGGCCACCUAUCCUCUGUACAAUCUGUAAGCAUCAUUUCUCAAAGGAUUUGUCUGGAUACUCAAGAUGCAUAGCCUGGAAGCUGAAGGAGAAAUUAGUCGAUACUGGGGGCUAUAUUCACAAAUUGUGUGUAAUACCAAAGCUACUGACUUUGCAUCCCAAUAUUAACUGUGGAAAAGGAUGGGAUCUGAACCUUUGA